AAAUUAUCCAAUCCAAUCCAAUUUGCUGGCAGUGGCAGCAGUGGGGUAAAGUGGGUAAAGUGGUAAAGCGGGGAAAGUGUCAAGUUCGUAGAGUGGGGCGCGAUUCCGACCGCGGUUACCCUGGGUCAGGACUUCCGCGACGCUCUUCGAUCACGACAAGCGUGGUGCGUGGUUGGGAGCCUCGGGUCGGCUCCUCUGCACGCCAUCGCAUGGCCAACUAUACGAGCGGGCCCGGUGGGCCCGUACGGCCUCCGCGAACCUUCAAGACCAGCAAAGACUCGAACGGCCUGCUGAUCUCGGUGAUCCGGUCGCUGUCGGCCAGCCAGAACAGCGCCGACCGGGACCGCGAGAAGGCCAAGCUCGAGAAGGACUUCAAGCGGAGCGACCAGAAACUGGACGACAUGGUGGCGCAAAACAAGGAAGACCUGACGAGAGCCAUGCAGGCGUUCAGCAAGAUCUCGUCGAGGAUCACCGUGUCGCGGGACAAGAUUCAGUGCAUCAAGGAGAAGCUGACCACUUGCAAAAUACUUCUGCACUGUAAGCGGGACGAACUGAAGAAGCUCUGGCUCGAGGCUGUGGAACACAAGCGCGUUCUCGAGCUUCUUGAAGAAAUCGAGUCACUGGUGGAAGUGCCCGAGAAAGUGGACGCUUUCCUGGAGAAGAGGCAGUACCUGCACGCCACACAGCUCCUGGUUUCUUCCGUGCACCUGGUGGAGGGCAGCCUGGAAGGGGUCGAGGCUCUCAAGGACGUUCGGGCGAAGCUGCUCUUCAAAAAGGAGCGGCUGCACGAGGACCUAGUGGAGGAGCUGCACCGCCAGCUGUACAUGCGUGGGGAGGCCAGGCUCCGCAGGCCCCUGCCUCCCACCCCUCAGCCUUUCCUUGGCACGCUCGGUGAGCUGUUGCGGCUGGACGAAGGGGGCGAACGCCAGGGGCCGCCCUUCCUGGCCAUUCUGGUGCACUGCCUGGCCCUGCUGCAGCGCAUUCCGGACACUCUACAGGUGAUGAAGGAGCGCUGCCAAUCGGAGCUCCUGUCGAUGGUGUGGCGGUCAAGCCAGUUCCUGGUGGACAACAACCGGCCCACGCCGGCCCUGCUGGUGGAGCUGCUGGAGCUGCUCUUUGAGCAGUUCCGCUGGGUGGUGGCGGCCCACGGGGCUGCGCUGGGCAGCAUGCAGGCACUCAUGGCCAGUCAAGGCCUGGAGUACGACGCUGCAGCCUACGGCGUCUCGGACGUCUGGUUUCAUAUGCAGUCUGUGGUGGAGUACAUUGUGGGCAAGUACCUGGAUGUGCACAACAGCAGCGGCGCCCAGCAGGUGGCCGCCCCUGCCUUGACGGACCUGGUGGCGAACAACGACCUGGCGUCGUGCUUCACUCGCCGCAGGAACGCCAAGCCCAAGAAGUUUGCCCUGUUCCGCUUCGACUGCUCCUCGCACGCCAUCAGCAUGAGCACCUACCUCAAAGAGCAGAUGGAGGAGCUCAGGGACGAGAGUGGCUACGUGGAGGUCGAUGACACGGGCCCUGGACUGGUGUGUACUCCGGCCUCGAGGAACGUGACGUACAUCUUCAAGCCACUGAUGGCCUUUGUGGGUGAGAUGGAGGCUGCCCUGGGCCUGCCCAACGGACAACACUGCCAGCUCUAUGGGCACCUGCUGCACUGGGUGGACGUGUUCCUGGCCCAUGUGAACAAUGACCUGGACAACGCCAUCGACGCAGCCACCAAAAGUUUGGAGACAUGGAAAGUGACUUCAGAACCCGAGAUUUUGAAGUCAUUGGGAGUUCUUCGGCCUUUGCUUCAGAGCACCGUGUGCGUGGACCAUAGCCUGCAGGGCCUGGAGGAACUGAUGCAGGCCCUGCCCAUGUAUGUGGAGCACUUUCUGGGCCUCGCAUGCACCAUUCUGCACAACUACAAGGAGACGAGCCAGGUGGCUUACCGAGGCAUUGUUCAGCCUGAGUCUGAGGAUAAGCGGAUCAUCAGUGCCACCUGGGCCAAGGAUGAGGACAUCAGCCGAUUCCUCAUGUCUCUGCCCAACUGGGCCAACCUGCAGCAGCCCAAGGAGAGCGACGUGCAGGAGUCGCCCGAGGAGGUGCGGCUGCGCAACAAGAAGGAGUCCGAGAUCCUGAUUGGGAACCUGGCCAGUGGCACGCUCAUCCCCCAGCACGAGAUCCUGGCAGAUGUGGCCCAGCUGCGUGUGCUUGCACAACUGCACGAGAGCCUGGAAUGGCUGAGCGGGCGUGUGCAGCGUGUGGCGGCCUCCCGACCCCAGGACACGGCGGCACAGGCACUGGGCGAGCUGGCCAGGGACUUCCAGGACGUAGCAGACACCUGCCUGCUUGUGCUGCACCUCGAGGUGCGCGUCCACUGCUUCUACUACCUGCUGCCCGUCACGAUACAGGGCAACUUUGCCAGUGGAGUGGACAGCCAGGAACCCGACCCCGAGGUGAUAAAGCUCACCAAGGACCUGUCAAGCAUGGACGAGGCCAUGACCGCCUGCCUGCAACAGAGGAAGCACAGGUACAUCUUUGAGGGUCUGGGCCACCUCAUUGCCUCCAUUCUGAUCAACAGCGCAUCGAGCAUCCAGAAGGUGAACGAGAAUGGCAUCAAGAAGGUGUGCAGAAACAUCUUUGCAAUGCAGCAGAACCUGACGAGCAUCACAAUGAACCGGGAAGUGGCCCUGGACUAUGCCCGGCAGUACUUUGAGCUGCUCUACCACUCACCCGAGGACGUGCUGAACCUGAUAGUGGAGCACGGGUGCCAGUUCCAGGAAGCGGAGUACCGCAAUGUGCUGGUGCUGCUGCACCGCAGCCUGCCCAGUGGCCUACGCAGCCCCGAAGCGCUGGAGGCCCUCCUGGCACGCCUCCGAGACAUCCUCAACGAGGUGGCCGUUGCCAUCUGAGCGAGCACAACCUGCAACUGCACUGUAGCGCCGCUCGCGCAGGCUCAGUCCCAGCACUGGUGUCGCCUGCCUCAGUUGGUGGGAUAACCGGUGAUUUGGUUAGCCCAGCAGUUGGUGGGAUAACAAAAUCCUUCCAUUACUUUGAUGGUGCCUGACUCUCAAAGCAGAAAUUCAGUUUAUGGGGCGUCGGAUAAGUGGGAUGUGCAUAAAAACACCGUGGCGUGCAAGACUUUACUGUGCUAAAGAGUGUGCCUUUAAUUGUGUAAAGCUGGCCACAAGAGGCUUCCAAUGGCCCUUGCACUGGGAUUUAAUAAAUGUGGACUCCAUGUG